GACAAAAAGUGGAUAAAGAGAGAAAAGGAGAAAUGUCUGGCAAAAGAAGAGGGUGGUCCGAUACAACCCCACUGCUGCCCCAGCCACACCAUCCCUCCCCGGCCUACUCCUUCCUCGAAAUGGCCGCCUCCGCCUCCCCCGAUGCCGCAUCAGACUCCGCCCCUCUCCGCUCCGUUUUCCUCGGUGUCGACGUUGGCACCGGCAGUGCCCGCGCAGGUCUGUUUGAUGAGAACGGGAAGCUUCUGGGUUCUUCUAGUAGCCCAAUACAGAUUUGGAAAGAGGGGGACUGUGUUGAGCAAUCUUCUACAGAUAUCUGGCAUGCCAUUUGCGCGGCUGUGAAAUCAUCAUGCUCCCUUGCUAAUGUCGCCAAGGAAGAAGUGAAGGGUCUGGGAUUUGCGGCUACUUGUUCUCUUGUUGCGGUGGAUGCUGAUGGCUCUCCUGUCACAGUUUCUUGGAGUGGUGAUUCAAGAAGAAAUAUCAUAGUAUGGAUGGACCAUAGAGCUGUAGCACAAGCUGAAAGGAUCAAUUCCCAUCACUCACCUGUAUUACAGUACUGUGGUGGAGCCCUUUCCCCAGAGAUGCAGCCACCAAAGCUUCUAUGGGUGAAAGAAAAUUUGCAAGAAUCUUGGUCAAUGGUGUUCAGGUGGAUGGACUUAAGUGAUUGGUUGUCAUACAGGGCAACAGGAGAUGAUACUCGGAGUCUGUGCACCACUGUGUGCAAAUGGAUGUAUCUUGGUCAUGCACACAUGCAGCAAGGCAGUGAAAAAGAUUCGCGAGAUAUGGAAGCUUGUGGAUGGGAUGAUGACUUCUGGGAGGAGAUUGGAUUAGGUGAUCUUGUAGAUGGGCAUCAUGCUAAGAUAGGACGAAGUGUAGCUUUCCCUGGCCAUCCUUUGGGUUCUGGUCUUACUCCAGCUGCCGCAAAGGAACUGGGACUUGUAGCGGGAAUUCCUGUUGGGACUUCACUGAUUGAUGCUCAUGCUGGUGGUGUGGGGCUAAUGGAAAGUGUUCCACUUUUGGAUUCUGAAGCUAAAGAGCGUGACAUGGAAGCUAUAUGCCACCGAAUGGUACUAGUCUGUGGAACUUCUACUUGCCAUAUGGCUAUAUCACGGAGCAAGUUGUUUAUUCCAGGUGUCUGGGGACCAUUCUGGUCAGCUAUGGUACCUGAAUAUUGGCUCACAGAAGGUGGUCAGAGUGCUACUGGUGCAUUAUUGGACCAUGUAAUUGAAAACCACGUUGCAUCACCACGCCUUGCAAAUCGUGCUGCUUCUAGAUCUAUUUCUGUUUUUGAACUUCUGAACGAGAUAUUAGAAACAAUGAUGCUUGAUCUGAAGCAUCCAUUUCUUGCUGCUUUGACCGAAGACAUACAUGUCCUACCUGACUUUCAUGGGAACAGGUCUCCUAUUGCAGACCCUAAAUCAAGAGGAAUGGUCUGUGGCUUAACGCUUGACACAAGUGAGAAACAGUUGGCUCUUCUGUACCUGGCUACCUUACAGGGUAUUGCAUAUGGUACACGUCACAUUGUAGAGCAUUGCAAUGCCCAUGGUCACAGUAUUGACACAAUACUUGCAUGUGGUGGCCUUGCAAAGAACCCCUUAUUCAUUCAAGAACAAGCAGAUAUCAUUGGUUGCCCUAUAAUUCUUCCACGUGAGAGUGAGUCUGUGCUUUUGGGUGCUGCCAUUCUUGGUGCAGUUGCUGCAAGGAAAUAUUCUAGUCUGAUUAAGGCCAUGAGGGCCCUGAAUGCAGCUGGUCAGGUCAUUCAUCCAUCUAAAGACCCAAAGGUGAAGAAGUACCAUGAUGCCAAAUACCAUAUCUUCCGGGAGCUUUAUGAGCAGCAGCUGUCUCAUCGUUCUAUAAUCGCUCAAGCCUUGGCCUAGUUAACGUGCUGCUUGGUCAAUGAAGACAUCUGGAUUCUCCGAUUAAUUGAUUGCGUUCGUGACACAGGAUAAUUGUUGUCUUCUUCAAGCAAAAAAAAGGUUAGCCCAUGCGAAGAUUGGAUAGGCAUGUGGGGUUCACAUAUUCGAGAAGAAGAAAUUCUACAGGAUAAUGUGUAAAGCCUUGAUUUUCAGCAUCACAAUGGAGAAAAAUAUACAAAGAGAGUGGAAGCAGUGAUAAAGGAAUUGAAAAGUCACCCAGAAUGAUAUACAAAAGCAAUGUUAAAAGUCACGUUUUUGAGCU